AAUUGGUAGUUACCUUCCAACCGUCGUGCGGUGCGUUUCUUGUCUUUCACACGCUAAUAUCCUCGCGAAAUUCCUUUUCGGUUAAAACCCUUUCGCUCGAAAAAAAAAAAAAAAUAAAAAAUGCGUGUGAUCACAGUUACCUUUUUGCUGAUGGCAUUUUCCCUCUCAUCAAACAUUUGGCCAGCGAGUGCUCUGCAAUGCUACCAAUGUGUUGGAGACGAAUGCCAUGUGGAAACGGUUCCAGAGGUCUCGUGCAGUCUUGAUGACACCGCAGCUGCCGCCGCCGCAUUUUCCCUGGACACAAUUGGAGUGUUGAAUCGAUUUAGAAGAAAUGCUCGAGUAUUAGCAGCACGGGAUGCUUUUGAUGAAUCCACUGUGGCUGCAGAAACCAACUCAGAUUCUACCGAUUCUACAACAGCCAACACAGAAUCUUCGGCUUCUACAGCAACCACUGUAGACUCUUCAGAUUCUACGGCAACUACCGCCGACUCUUCUUCUUCCACGGAUAGUAGCACUGAUUCUUCGACAGAUUCUUCGACAGAUUCAUCUACAGAUUCGUCGACGGUUUCCUCAACAGAUUCUUCGACUGAUUCCUCGACAGAUUCGUCGACAGAUUCGUCGACCGAUUCGUCAACCGAUUCCUCGACAGUUUCGUCAACGGAUUCCUCCACAGAUUCAUCGACCGAUUCUUCGACAGUUUCGUCAACAGAUUCCUCAACAGAUUCCUCAACAGAUUCCUCAACAGAUUCCUCAACAGAUUCUUCGACAGAUUCUUCGACAGAUUCUUCGACAACUUCCUCAACAGAUUCCUCGACGGAUUCCACCACUGAUUCCACAACUGACUCCACGACUGAUUCCACCACCGAUUCCACCACUGAUUCGACCACCGAUUCCACCACGGAUUCUAGCACAGAUUCCACAACAGAUUCUACAACAGACUCCACCACAGAUUCUUCCACAGCCUCUACCACAGAUUCUACUACGAGUUCUAGCACGGACUCUAGCAGUGAAUCUACCACCAGUUCCUCAACAGAUUCCUCGACCGAUUCCAGCACCACAUCUCCACCAACCACUGUUCCACCCACAAAUUAUAAACUUGCCGCCUGCUACAGCAUCUACAAGGAUGGAGUGCUAAACCGUGGUUGUGUUAAGGUGCCCGACGAAGAGUCUGGAUGCCAGGCUGUGAGAAGCGAACUCAAUAUAACCGCGGAUUCUGCAGAUCAGUGUGACAUUUGUUUGACAGAUCGGUGCAAUGGAAGCACUAGUUUAAAGGUCUCAGUUGGCGUUAUGAUCCUGCUUUUGGCCCUAGGCUUGAAAAACAUGCUCUGAGGGAUAUUUCCAUAUAUAUAAACAUGUAUAUAUUUAUAAUUGUUAGUAAUUUGUAUCCAAGUUAAAGUAAUAAAAAGUUAUGACCAUUUA